GUAUAUAAAGAUUUUAUUUGAACGGAUAAACUUAUUUGUAUUCCGACAAAGGGGCUAACAAUAAACACUAUUCGGAAUAGCCGCUAAUGUCAGUUAAAGUUGAAUAAUGGUUGCUUGUCGUCUGUUGCGGUAGAAAACGAAGAGAAAGGAAAGACGUUUAGAUAAAAUCUCGAUCUGCGUUGAGAUGUAGAGCUGCAAACGUUGUCUUCUGUCGUUUCAAUGGGAAAACGGAAAGACAUGAUUCACCCCAGGUUCCUUGGCGAAGGCAGCUCCAGCCUGCACAGCAUCCACAAACGGAAACACAAAAAACACAAAAAGCACAAGAAGAAACAUCACAGCUUUGCUGAGACCCCAGAGCCAGAACCGAUCCCUGUCCCUAUCCCAGUCCCGAUCCCUCGACCUCCGUCUCAGUUCAGGCUGAAGAUCAAACUGGGAGGGCAGACUCUGGGCACCAAGAGUGUUCCCACCUUCACGGUCCACCCUGGCGUGGCUCGUCCUCCCUCACCGUUGAUGAUAUUAGACAAUGAUGUGGACGACGAUGAUGAAAAUGACGACGACGAUGAACCCUCUGUGCCUUUGGAGCAGUAUCGAGCCUGGUUGGAUGAAGAUAGUAACAUGGCUGCGUCCCCUCUGCCAGACAUCGACUCUGACUCCAUGCUGGGUGGGCCUGUGGACGAGGAGGAAAGGUGGCUGGAUGCUCUGGAGAAGGGAGAGCUUGAUGACAAUGGAGAGCUAAAGAAGGAGAUUGAUGAGUCUCUACUCACUGCCAGACAGAAAGCCCUCCUGCACAAGCAGCAGAGUCAGCCUCUCCUGGAGCUGCCCAUGGGCUACAAGGAGAAGGAGAUGACAGCAGAGAUGAUGCAGAAACGGGAGGAGAGGGCCCGGAAGAGACGCCUGCAGGCUGCUAAGAAGGCGGAGGAGAACAAGAACCAGACUAUCGAGAGACUGACAAAAACCAGCAAGGCCAAGAUCAAAAGCCUCAAAGAGAGGAAGUCCAAGCAGAACCAGUGUCCCAUGGUUCGCUACAGCGACUCGGCUCAGGGAAUAGCCAUCUCUUUCCCGGCAGGGGUCCCCACUCCGUCAGCGGCACCUCCGGUUCCUCCACCUCCAGCUCCGGUGAACUGUGGCGUGAACGGAUGCAGCAACCUGAAAAAGUACUCGUGUUCAAAGACAGGGGUUCCCCUCUGCAGCCUGGAGUGUUACAGGAAGAACCUGCAGCUUGUGCAGAGCGCAGCUUGAACCAGAAUCCUUCAGAUAACUUAAUGUGAAAGUGUGGACAAAUAUUUAUGAUUUCUAUCAUGACUACAGAGAGGAGGCUUCCUAAGCUCUGAAAAAAACAGAAAAAAGAAGAACAUUUUGCUUUAUGUUUAAAAGACAUUACCUUCUUAACUCAAAAUCCAGCAAGAUCAAUGAAAUCUAUCUUGAAAUCAAUAAAAGGCUGUGGUAUUUUA